AUGUCGAAAUUCUACCAAGACCACAAUGGCCUCCACCUCGGCAACGACUCCUCCUCUUCCAAAUUGACGCGUACUCGAAACCUCCUCAUAUUCCUCAUCUGCAUCCUAUCCACCUCCCUCUUCUACUACGAACUCGUCUAUCGCCACCAAGACAGCAGCGACACAAACUCCAAUCUCGCAGCAACAACAACAAACCAAGACCCAAACAACCUCCACCAAAUCUCCCCUCCUCCUCCUCCCAGCGAAGCAUCAUCCGCAGAAUCCGAAGAAGAAGAACAACCCAACACCCACCUCCUCUCCACCCGCCUCCCGCACCCCGACGACGCCACCCCCGGCUCCGACUUCUCCUUAUCUUUCACCUACACCGACCCCACAAACACCCCUUGCACCAACCCCGGCUGGAUCUACGGAAGUUGCACCAACGAUGCACGGUAUUUUCAAUGUUCUCCCACCACCAACACUAUUCUCGCAUAUCCGUGUCCGGCGGGCGAGAAAUUCUUUUGUACGGGAGAGAAUGUCGGAGGUUGUGAUUUGAGAUCUUCGAGUGUGGGGAAUGGGUGGGAGAUGAAAUGUGAUGGGGUGGGAGUGGAGAUGGGGAGUUGUGGGAAGAAUGCGCAGCUGGUUCUUGGGUAUGAGUAG